AUGGUCCCUGUUGCAAGCAGUGUGGCAGAAGGAAAUGUCAGUAACGGCGGAGUAAAGAGAAAAAGCGAUGCCCCGGUACCAUGUACGACCGAUCGAAUGACCACUAGGUCUGGACUUGCCUUGGGCAGCAGAAUCCCUCCUCCAAAAAAGUAUGUUCGAAUCCUUUUUGGUCAAACCAUUCGUGGAAGGUUUGUUACGAAGGUUCCUGACUGCUUUCGUUAUUAAAGCAAACUUUUGGUUUUGAAUUCGACUAUCUUUUGAUAUUCUAAUAAUGAAAUGUUAUGUUUUAGAAGUCGUCCCACAGUGGCCAGAAGAACUUUUUGUCCAGUAGGUUGUUUUUUUUCUUUUUACUAUGGUUUAGAGUGUGAACAUGAACAUCGCCGAGGUCGCGGCCACUUCCUCGUCAUCUGCCAAUUUGUCGCUUCGAUCUGAAGGUCUUUCUUCGAUGGGAUCGUCGAUUAAUUCUCGAUUAUCUGGAUUCAAUCUGGGAUCAGAGAUAAAUGGACAGGAUCGGUGCCCACAUGCUGAAUUGAUCCCUCUUCCACAUACCUUUUUGGGUGAACAAGUUUCCAGGGCGUCCUCCAGCGGGGUAUCUCCUUUUUUGAAUCAUGCAAAUGAUCCUGUCAAUGUAUUGGUUAAUUUGGAAGGAGCUGAAUUGGCCGAAGCCUUAGCUGCUCAAAGACAGUGGGAAAUCAGAAGAGCUCAGAUUGAACAAGAUGAAAGAUUGGCCAGACAAUUGUGGAAUGCGGAAAGUGUUCUGAAUGAGCCGGUUAUUAUUGUGAAUCCAUCCCCAGUGACGACGAAAAAGGUCCCUAAUUGUCAGAAUUCUCCAGCUAUUGUUCCUGCAAGUUCCUUCAGUAAGUCGAAUUUUUUAAUUGAUACCUAAUUAUAGGGGAAUCUUGUUCAAUUUGUUUUGCGGAACCGGCGUUGGCUCCGUUACGAUGUAAAUUUUGUUCCCAAUGCGUUGGCUGCAAGAGUUGUGUCAAACAAUGGUUUGGAGGCCCAUCUUCCGAAAAGAAUAGGAAGCAAUGUCCUCUCUGUCGGCACAACUGGAAGACUCUUGGUCCAUCUUACGUUACUCCCAUCAUUACUGGUUAA